AUGACCAAAGUGAAUAAGCUCAAUGAGUAUGCAGCCUACGAAAAGGGCCAGUUCUUGCUUAACAAGAGAUAUAAGCAUAUUUCUAAAUUGCAGGAAGGAUCUUUUGGAAGGGUUACGUUAGCAAUAGAUACCGAAACUAAUGAUAAGGUAGCCGUGAAAGCCAUGUACAAGUCAAAUGCGAAGGAGAUUGCUAGACAUGAAAUUAAGAUGUUAAGUAAAUUGGGGAAAGGUGGCGAGAACAUCUGUCAACUUUUAGAUUCCUUUGAAACUGUGGACUUCGUAAUUUUAAUAUUAGAGUACUGCCACAACGGGGACUUAUACGAUUUGAUUCAUUCUUCGGUGAAUAUAUCUGCUCUUGAUAUUUGGAAUAUAGCGAAGGAGUUAUCUAACGCUUUAAACUAUGCGCACAGCCAAGGUGUGUACCAUCGUGAUAUCAAGCCGGAAAAUGUUUUGUUCAAUGGAUCUGGUAGAGUCAAACUUUGUGACUGGGGCUUGUCAACUACGAAGCGUUUCAAUCAAGAGUUCAACGUCGGAACUGACAAGUAUAUGGCACCUGAGUGCUUUGUAAAGAGGCAGGAUUUCACUUCGUACGAUGCGAAGAUGGCUGACUUAUGGUCAUUAGGAAUCACUGUUCUCACGGCUGUCUUUGGAACAUCUCCUUUUAAACGGCUUGGAGAAUCGAAAUCAGUUGAAUCUGAUUACAAUUUUAAAACUUUUGUUCACUACAACAACCCACAGAUCUUGUAUGAUAUUUACCCUAUGAUGAAUCAGAACUGUUACAAUAUUUUUAUGAAUUUAUUGAAAACAGGUGGAGUUGAAAGUGAUACCGAAAAUUAUAACAGAGCAAUCAAUUCAAGAAGUUUGGACAAAUUUAUCAGUGAUUUACAAGAUAAUUGGAAGUAUGGUUUAACCAUCGAUGAAGAAUAUGAAUUUGAAGACGACAAUGAGGUCAGCGAAAAUGUUUUUGAUAUGGACCACGAUAGUUUAGACGAAUGUGUUGAGAGUCUUUCAGAUUCUGAGGACUUCGAAGCUGAGAACGAUAACUGUGAAAUGGAACAUAGAUACGAAUCCUCAUAUGUGAAUAUUCCCGUCAAAGAAGCUAGAGCUGCUGUGCCUUCUUUAGUGGAAUCGUCUACUCUUUCUUCUACUUCCAAAUCUUGGUGUGACUUGGAUGAUGGCGAGAGCUUAGUUCAAGUUAUUGGAAAUUUGUCAGUAACUGAUAACAAAAAAACAGCUGAGCAAGGAAACAGUGAAAAAUGUCACACUGUUCGUGUCUUAGAGCAUUAUUUGGGAUCUGAAGAGGUUGCUUAA